AUGCCGAAGGCACGGAAAAGCACAGGCGGUCGCCCACCACGACAAAGUAACGCCACCGCUGGGCCCUCAAAUGCCGGUGGCAAAGGAACCGGAAAGAAACGCUUCCGUCCGGGGACGGUCGCGCUGCGGGAGAUUCGCAAGUACCAGAAGAGCACGGACCUGCUCAUCCGCAAGCUGCCGUUUUCCCGCGUGGUGCGAGAGAUCGCGAUGGACAUGAUCACGGACACGGUCGAGUACGAGGACAAGGGCCUACGGUGGCAGAGCAGCGCGAUCCUCGCCCUCCAGGAGGCGACCGAAGCGUUUCUGGUCCACAUGUUCGAGGACGCGAACUUGUGUGCGAUCCACGCGAAGCGGGUGACGAUCAUGCAGCGCGACAUCCAGCUCGCACGGAGGCUGCGAGGGUCUGCAGGCGGGCUGGCGUGA